UGGCCGCAAAUUCUAGAAACUCAUUCUCCACACACAAAAACGUUGGAUUCAACAAGCAAAAUACUUACCCUCGCCCCCUGUCUACAGUUGCCUUUGGCUUUGGUCAUACUCGGUAGAACAAUUCAGUGGUUGUUAUGCACUGAAAUUAUCCUCAUCCAAUGCGUUAUUAAGCCUGCUUGCGUAUCUGAGCGAGUUAUAUAAACACUUGUAAACUGGUUAAACCAGCCUGUUCACACUGUACCAUCUACUAACGUAUCGACGAUGUGCGCAGCCAAAGUACAGAAGAAACCGUUGCGGCUCAUCGCCGCUGCAUGCAACAACAUGGGAAUAGGAAAAGAUGGACACUUGCCAUGGGAUUUACCGACAGAAUUCAAAUUCUUUUUGGAAACUACAACAAAUGUCUCCCUACCAGGAAAAUUUAACAUGAUGGUGUGGGGCAGGGGCUGCUGGUUCUCCAACCCAGACAGUCUGUUCUCUAUGAUGCCCAAUGUCCUCCAUGUGGUCCUGAGUACCACCCUGAGUACUCUCCCGGAGCAUGCCCACUUCCUGUGUCAAGAUUUCGACAGCAUGAUCAGCUUAGCCUUGCUGCAACCCCUAUGUGACCUGGUGGAGACCAUCUGGGUUGUGGGUGGUCCACGGGUCUAUCAGGAGGCUCUGAUGCAUCCCUGGUGUGAACUCGUCUUCCUCACUGACAUCAUGGCUGACUUCGACUGUGACGUCUUCUUUCCGCAGUUUGACCGAAGCGUUUUUAAAAAACAACAGAGGUUUCCUGGAGUACCAAAUGAGAUUCAGGAGGAGAAUGGGGUUACAUUUAAGUAUGAAGUUUUCAAGAGGGAGAUCUGUAGCGCUGAGGUGAUUUAAAACUGUAACUUACUGCAUGUAUGCAAACACGGACUGUUCUUUGUCAGACGUCGGGUGCCUUUUUGAACUAUUCAGUUCUCCAGUGCAAUUCUAAUAGUAAUCAUUAUCCAGUUGUACAUUACACAUGUCCCACUCACUCUGCUUCAUCUCAUCUGCCAGUGACUCAAUCUGCACAGUGCCAUAACACUAAUGAAUCAGAUAAGUCAAUGUGUCCAUCCCAUUCAAAUUUGUCUUACUGUAGGUCAUGUGUUGUCAGAUACAGAAGGCUUUUCAUAUUUGGUACAAAUGAUGGAUCCACUGCUGUCCCAGAUAAUAUCCUUCCUUGUCUGAUGUAUCAUCCUUGCUAUCCUCUCCCCUCAUCUGUAAUUUUCUGCUAGGACCAAACCAAUAUGGCUUUGUCUGAGUCAGAGAUUAUGUCAGACGAGUGGUCUGGGGUUACUCAUAACAACAUGGGCACUAAGGAUGGGGGGGUUGUUCCUGAUAGUGCUUACGUAACAGAGGGCGAUAUUUAUGUCUGAAGAUUUCAUAACAUAUUGCGAUUUACAGCAUGAAGUCGCCAACCAAAGGCUGGAAAUCAGCCUUGAAUGGUUUUACAUGUAUAAUUAUGAUUCUAUCAAAAGAGUAUAAAAGUGCUUAAUAUGAGCCAGGAAAUACAUAUUUUAUUCCAGAUAAACAAAAAAUGUCUUGCUUAUUCUGAAUGAUGUUUCUUGAAAGGUGUAGGAGAGCUGUUAUUAAAUGUAUUGCAAAUGUUUACAAUUGAGGAAUCUCUGCAAUGUAGUGAUAUACGUUGUAAUGAUACUUACAUACAGUUCCUUUGGGGAAAACAUGCAUCUUCUAUUGUAAAUUCUUCAACUUGGCAUGAUAUUGUAUUUCUGUCAUCAUGGCUAAUUGAAUCACUUGUCAAUCAGUAAAUAUUCAUACAACUCCAUCUUUCAGUACACAAUGUUGGAGUAAAUGAUCCACUAGAUGGAGACAUAAGACAAGACAUAGAGAACAAAGUGCCCCCUGAAACCAAUUUCUUUCCCUUUCUACAAAAAUAAAAACAUGAUCGAAUGUCAUGGAUGUGGGUGAA